AAAUUGGUAAUUUUAAAGUGGGAAAAAAAUUAUGAAAAAAAUUGGUUUGGGUGGCAAGUGGCAGUGGCGAGUGUCGUAGCCGCAAGCAGAGGUUACAAAGUGCAAAACCCUUAAGCAGACGAAGAUGGUGAGUCAGAGGCAGCGACUUGCACGGAAGCGCUUCAAAGAGGAGAACCCUGAGCUCUUUCCCAAGCCCGAGCCCACGCCUCCCAAGGACCCUGACAAAAAGAAGAAGAAGAAGAAGAGCAACACAUUUAAGAGCAGCUCCAUAAAACGCAGAAGCGAUGGCUCCGAAGAACUCGGCGUCUCUAAGAAGCCUUUCAAGAGCAAUUACCGAAAGCACCCUCUCAGAGUCCCCGGCAUGAAGCCCGGUGACACCUGCUUCAUCUGCAAGGCCGCCGACCAUAUUGCCAAGUCUUGUCCUCAAAAAGCUGAAUGGGAGAAGAAUAAGAUAUGCUUGCGGUGUCGACGGCGUGGUCACCGAGCUAAGAAUUGCCCUGAAGUUCAAGUUGGUGCCAAGGAUGACAAGUAUUGUUACAAUUGUGGAGAAACUGGUCAUUCACUUGCAAAUUGUCCCCACCCUGUUCAAGAAGGAGGGACAAAGUUUGCAGAGUGCUUUGUCUGUAAACAGCAAGGACACUUGAGUAAAAACUGCCCUCAAAAUGCUCAUGGCAUCUAUCCUAAGGGUGGUUGUUGUAAAAUAUGUGGUGGCGUGACACAUUUGGCAAGGGAUUGUCCCGAAAAAGGGAAGAAAGCUCCUUUUGCUGCUAAUGGGCCUGCUGAUGGAUCAAUGAGACUGAGAAAUGAACAGAGGCCUUGUGGAACGAUAACCAAAUUUGUGAGCGGGGAUGACAUUGAGGAUGACUUCAUGACAGAUGACAUAAAUAACAGAGACAAGGACAAGUCCUCUAAGUCCAAAGACGGUCAAGCAAAACCAAAGAAUAAGGGUCCUAAAGUUGUGAACUUCAGCAGGUCCAGAGACGAUCACAGCAACCCUAAUCCUCUUUCUUCUCCGCAACACACCACCACCAACAACAAGAAGAGGAGGAGGAAGCACAAUCAUGCUCCAACUCCACAACCCCCCACUCACCGCCACCGCUACAACACACGUCCUAAAGCUAACCCUAACCCUAACCCCAAUUCAGGCUCCGCGGUGGUUCAGCAAUUGAAGGAAACUGGUGCAGAGAACCCCCAGUUAUUCUCUAAGCAUGAAUUGGCAGCUAAAUUAGUUGACUUAGCUGGAAAAGAAAACGGGCAAGGUAAAUAUGAAGGUGCUGCACUCCAACUGGAACCUGAGGAGAAGUUGUCAAAGAAUGCCAGGAGGAGGAGGAAGAACAAAAACAAGAACAAUGCACUCAAUAAUGAAGUGGCAGAAGCAGAACCCACCAAACACAAUCACAAGAACAAAGAGAAGAAGAAAAGUAAGAGAUUGCUUCGGAGCAACGUGUCAGAAUCUAACAACUACAAUUCUGAGUCAACUGAUGAAAUCCCUUUGAGAACAGGCAAUGCCAAUUCACCUCAUCAUACCCGGAGUCAGGGAACUAAAGCACUACUCACUGGAGUGGCCUAUGAUGAGUGUAGGUGUGUCAAUCAUGCCAAGUGCCUGGUCAUAAAUUCUGGAAAUGUCCGAAGAGGAAAGGUCGACACAUUCACGAGGAAAUUUGCUUCUUUUGUGGGGAAUUCGGUCACACGCUUGCAAAAUGCUCGGUUUCUACAGCAGGGGGAGGACGAUUUGCUAGGUGCUUAUUGUGUUUUGCCCAUGGACACUUCACUAAUAAGUGUCCACAAACUUGUCAUGGAAUCAGCGAACGCGGCAUCUGGAAUGGCUGUUAAUGAUGCAUGUAAAUUGAAGUUUCUGGAGUUAAAGGCAAAGAGGAAUUACCGAUUCAUUGUGUUCAGGAUUGAGAACCAAGAAGUGGUGGUGGAGAAAGUCGGAAGCCCCGACGAAACCUAUGAUGACUUCACUGCUUCUCUACCUGCUAAUGAGUGCCGAUAUGCUGUCUUUGAUUUCGAUUUCACUACGGACGAGAACUGUCAGAAAAGCAAAAUUUUCUUCAUUGCAUGGGCACCGGAUACAUCAAGAGUGAGAGAAAAGAUGGUGUAUGCGAGCUCCAAGGAUAGAUUCAAGAGGGAACUCGAUGGCAUUCAAGUUGAAUUGCAAGCAACGGAUCCAAGUGAGAUGAGCUUUGACAUCAUAAAAGCCCGGGCAAUAUAAUAUAUAGUUCUAUACAUCUAUUAUUGAUAUAAUAAAAGUAAUAACCACCAUAUUUGAUUUCAUUCCCCUACCUUUUCCCCUUUCUUUUUUUGUUCUUUGUCUUACGAUCUACAUUCUAAACUGUAUCUUAAUAUGAUAGAAGAACACACUGCCAUGUAUUUCAGACUAUAGUAGAAGGUUUGCCUUAUUGCAA